UUCAUAUUUCAUGCACAAUAAUUCCACUAAUUUACCACAAAAAUAAAUAAAUAAAAUGGCUGUUUUCCACAUGUCAUCGGACGGGUACUUCGUCCGUACAUGGCCCACUUCUUCGUCCGUCGACGUCUACGUCAUCGACUACACCGGCGACGUAUACGACCCGGACCUCAUCCGGUACUGGGACGCCGGCCGCUGGCGGGGCAGCCCGAUAAAAGUGGGGCCCUCCGGCGACUCCAAAUUCAGAGCCCUUGAGGUUCACGGGGUCGUAAUCGAGGGCAACCAGUUGACCCAGCUGUGGAACGACCUGACCCUGGUCGGUACAUCGGACGGCGGCCAGAAUUUCUGUCUCGUGGCGAAUCGGAACGGGCUCUGCUUCCUCUUAGUCGGCAGCCCGUCGGUGAAGCGGCUGCGGGUCAACGACUACUUCGGGUGGGCCAAGUACGGCGUGAAGCCGCCAAUCGGCACGUCGACGAUUUGGAACAGGUGCGAUCUGAGCAGUGGGGAGACGUUGGUGGAUGUAGGUCUGUUGUUGAAGAACAAGGAGAAGGAGAUGCAGGGGAACAAGGAAGUGGAAUCCCUGUGGGAGAAAUCCGUGCAAGAGAAGGACAAGCAGUUGGCUAUGGUGGUGGAGAGAAACAAAGAAGUGGAAUCCAUGUGGGAGAAAUCCUCGCAAGAGAAGGAUAAGCGGCUGGUUAAGCUCAUGGAUGCCAUGCAAGCCUUGAUUUACGAGGUUUAAGAAUCAUCGCAUCAUGAGUUGCAUAUAUAUAAGUAAGCGUUCUGCAGUGUGCGGUUGUUUAUGGUAUUGUCCUCCUAAUCAAAUCUCCCUUCAAAUUGUGUACUAACUUAACAUUAUG